AUGUCUCAACUCAAGAUCUUCAAACGCCCAGAGCGCCGAGUCGUUAAGCCGGACCCAGACUCUCGUGCCUAUGCCUCGGAAACAUGCUUGCAGCUUGUGGUUAGCGACUCUGGGCAGUCCGACGACGAGGGUCCCGCUUCCUUUGACGUCUUCUCUGCUCGGCACGGCCGAUCUGAUGCUCCCGCGCCUAGUGAGCCCAUUACCGAGCCAGAUCCGCUGCUGAGAGAGGUUCGAGUUCGGCACGCCGGCGCCCAGCCCAGCACAGCUGCCGCAAGCCCUGCGAACAUGGACCAAAGUUUUUUCCAGACUUCGUUCCAGGACAUUGGCAAGAAGCUCAAGGAAUGCAACGACACAUUGGGAGAGCUUCAGCAGCUUGGCGUCUCUCACGACGUACAGCUGCCCGAGCUGGUCCUCGUCGGUGACCAGUCGGCCGGCAAGUCGAGCCUCAUGUCUGGGCUUGCCAACCUCGACCUCCCACGGAGCGAGGGCACGUGCACGCGUUGCCCGUUGCACAUCCGCGUAUCUCGCAAUAGUGACUGGUCCUGCCGAGUUUGGCUUCGGAAGGACUAUGUGUACCAGCCUCCGUCCGAUCGUCAAAUCAACGAGACGGAUUUUAAGACCAUGCACGACAAGAGCGAAAUCGAAGAGGUCCUUCGCUGGGCUCAGAUUGCUAUCCUCAACGACGAAAAGCAUCCUCGCACCUUUGUUCCUGGCUCGGGCAGCACCGCCCUCAACAUGUCGCUCGCCAAGGCGGCCGAGGAGACUGCUGCCAAGUUCUCGCCCAACAUUGUUGCCCUGGAGAUCAAGGGCCCUGACCUGCCGGACCUGUCAUUUUACGACAUGCCAGGCAUCUUUGAGAAUCCCGCAGAUGCGCGGGACGACUAUCUAGUCAACGUCGUGCGCAACCUCACCAAAGCCUACAUAUCACACCACUCCGCCAUAAUCAUCUGCUCCAUGCCCAUGAACUCCGAUGCGGAAAACUCGUCGACAUUUGGCCUGACGCGCAGGCUCCAGGCCUCCUUUCGCACCAUCGGCGUGCUCACAAAGGCUGACUUGCUGCCCGACGGCAACCACGAGCAGUGGCUUUCCAUCAUGAGGGGAGACGCCCAUCGUACUGGGCUGGGCUAUUUCAUCACGUCCCGUCCCCAGGGAAAGGACUUGGAGGAGCUCAAGAAGUGGGAGGAGCGUGUCUUCGAGACGAACUCGUUCGAGGGAUGGCCCGAAACCUUUCACCCUUUCACUGCUCGAUGUGGUGUUGAAAGGCUCAAGGCCUUUCUUUCGGAAAGACUGGGCGAAGAGUUUGCCAAGAGCCUUCCGAACAUCAAACACAAGGUGAAGCUCCGCCUCGACAGGAUCAACAAGCAACUCAGCAACCUGCCUGAGCUGCCCGAAAACGUCGAAUUAGAGAUACAGACGGGUCUGAUGGCCUUUGCGGACAGCUCGCGUGCCAAGAUGGAUGAGUUUAUGAGACAUUUCAACGUCUUGCCACGCAACUUCCGUGACUGUCUGCUGGAGAUUAAGCCCAAGUUUACGCUCAAGGACAGGUCGGACAUCCCUGUGCUGGAAAUCUCGGACGAUGAUUCAGACACGAUGUCGGGCGUUACCACUCAAGCGACGCCGACCCCGAAGCGUCCUGCCUACCCUGCGCUUGUGACUCCCUCAAAGCGAGCGAGAACGAACGGGCCUACGAACGGCACGCCGGUGUCCAACGGCCACAUCAAGCCCGAAGAUGUUAAUGGCGUCACGGCGCCUCCGCGGCCAGCCAGAAGGGCGGCUCUGCCAGAGCCCUUUACAGAGUUCAGAGGCAUUGGGCGUGGGUUCCGUACGCUGCGCCAAGUGCGCGAGGAGAUGCAGGCCAAGACCAAGGCCGGGAUGCCCGACCGCAUUUCCGACGACGUCUAUGUCGACCUGGUCAAGGAGGCUGUGCAGCCGUGGAACCGCCCCACGGAAGCCUUCAUCAAGCAGACGAUGAAGGACUUGCACGCCGAACUCGACGCGACCCUCAGCCAGGCCUUGGAGAAUCUGAAGAAGCGAUUUGUGUACAAGGAAGCGAGGAAGCACGUGCAGAAAUUUCUCGAGGAGCACCGCCAGCAAACGGAGCUGGCGCUGAUGCGCCUUUACAAUGACGAAAAAGAGCGUCUGUUGACGUUCAACGAAGAGGCCUUCAAGAGGUACAAGGACGAUGAGCACAUGAUCCUUACCCGGUUCCGUCACAACAUGAGGAUGGAGGCGGCGGGCUUCCCAACUCGCCCACUAGGCCAGUGGAGCGAAUUGACCGAGGAGAAGCGAGCCCAGGACGCCAAGCGACGCGAAGCCGAGCUAGUUAAGCUCGGACCUGACCAGUUUGAGCGAGAACUCGAGGUGGUGUCGUACGUUAGAGGCUACUAUCGCCUCGCGGCCUUGCGUUUCGCAGAUGCGGUGUCCCAGCGCAUCCUCUGCCGGACCAUUCCGGCCAUCCGACGGCAGCUCCCGUCCUACCUCGAGGACAAGCUCGGCCUCCAGGUGUCUGACGCGAUUGGAACAUACGAGAGGCUCAUGGCCGAGGACGAGAGUACGGCCUGCAAGCGAGAGGCGCUCAAGUCGGAGAGGGACAAGUUUGACAAAGCUUUGGCUAGCAUCGAGCUGCUGGAGACAGGCGCGUGGCGGGGGCCGGACACCGACGACCAGAGCACGCAGCCCAUGUCCUCAGCGGGCCUGGACGCGGACGUCGACAUGGCCGAGGCUUGA